AUGCCUCCCAUUCAAGAACAUCGUAGUACCUGUGUUUUAGCUAAACGUUGGAGGUUUGAAUGGAGUUCUGUUCCCAAUCUUGAUAUUGGUCAUUGGCGUUCUCCUAUUAACACUACCAGAACCAACAUUUCGGAGGAGACCAUUCGUUUCAUGAAUUUUAUGGAUAGAGUGUUUAUGUUCCGUGAUAUGUCAAAUAUAGGGAAAUUCUCGCUCUCUUGUGAUAAACAUUGUGAUGAAGAUAGGGUUCGUUCAUGGUUAAGUGUUGUUGUAAGGCGUAACGUUAAAGAGUUCAGUUUAUUAUCUGAAGAUGAAAGAGAUUCUUUUAUGAUUCAUUUACUUCUUUAUACCUGUGAAACAUUGACUAUGUUGAAGAUAGAAAUGCCAAUUUAUCUCAAUAUUCUUACCAAUGUGCACCUUCCAAAUCUCAAGAUUGAUAUUGAUGCGCCAAGUUUAGAGGUCUUUCAGCACAAGGGUACCCUGGCAGAGGUUUAUGAUCUGCAUAGUUUUCCUUCGCUAAUUGAUGCAAAUAUUUCACUUUUUGAUAUUAAUGAUUGGAUUGACGAGGAUGAAAACAUUGCAACAAACCUUCUAGCUCUAUGUCGUGUGGAUGACGAUGAGUUGCUUUCGGUUCACAAUUUAACUUGCUUUGAGGUGGUUUGGAGUUCUCCUGAUCUGAUUGGUAGUGCACUAAUGAGAUUGCUUCAAAUCUCGCCUAAACUAGAAAAACUCGUGUUUUCUCAUGGCAUUGAUGCACGUCUUUGUGGCGAGGAUAAUGGGUGGAAACCAGCUACACUGCCUGAGUGUUUGUUGUCGCAUCUCAGGUUUUUGGAAGUGUACUUAUGUCCUAGGGAGAGUAAUGAGAUAGCUCACUCUCUUGGUAAGGAUGCUAGACUUAGAAAUGACCCAAUUCUAUGGACUCUUGUCUUAUCAAAUUGGUUAUCUUCUCUCGUUAACGAGAUUAAGGAGAAACUGGAUGUAGUUUCAUUCUAA